UGGCCAGUGCAGCUGGCCGAGCCGCCGCGCUCUCCUAAGAAGCUCGGAAGGUUGGAAACUGAUUUUUGGCAGCGGCCAACGACUUCAUUUCUUUCUCUCUUGUCACACAACAGUUUACGGUACAACUACCACUGCCCAUGGCGUCAAUCAGAGCUUGCUUGUCUAUUACCGUAUCCUCCCCUGCUAGCUAUCAUAGACUCUAGUAUAGAGCAAUAGCCUUCACAUCAAUAAGAGCAUUGUCUUCCUUUGGAGUCGCCAGCACCUCCAUUGACACUCGAUUUCGCUCUCAUUCUGCCGAACUUCUCCGUUGAGACCAGACGAUCAUAACACGGUAACAAUCCAAAGAUGGCCGAAGACGACUACUACGUUGGAAAUGACGACGGCAAUGGUGGCGGCGGCCGAUGGUCAUCUUAUCAAAAGGACGACCGGAAUUGUCGCGUCUACGAUCACAAUGACUUUUUCACAGUCUUUGUUCAACUGUUACUAGCCGCUGGUGCAUUGGCGUCUCUCUAUCUGAAACGCAUGAAGGAGGUCCCUCGUCGAACCUUCACUACGUGGGCUCUGGAUGUUUCCAAACAGGGGGUGGGGGCGUGUUAUGCGCAUGUGUGCAAUAUGGCCAUUGCUGCUAUUUUGUCUCAAAGCCUGGAGGGCGAAACAGCGCUAGAAGAUGAAUGCGCGUGGUACGGAUUGAGCUACUUGAUUGACACUACAUUGGGACUGGUGUUGGCCAUUAUGUUCCUUCGGAUACAGGACACCUUGGCCGAAAAGUACAACUUGACAACCAUCUUGCACACUGGCGUAUACACUGGCCCAACGGCUUGCAAACACUGGACCCAUCAAACCAUAUGCUGGGUCAUCAUUCUCACCAUUGUCAAGAUUAUGAUUUAUUACUUUAUGAUCAUCUGCAAAGACAUGCUUGCCUUCUUUGGAAGCAUCCUCUUUGCACCCCUCCAAAUCAACAUUCGCUUUGAACUACUCUUUGUCAUGAUCUUCUUUCCUGGAUUCUUGAAUGUCAUUUACUUUUGGAUUGCCGAUUCGUAUCUCAAGGCAAAGGAUGAUUCCUGUGGAGCCUUUGAAGAAGCGCCUCCGAAAUCAGACAGGGAAAUGUCCCUCAUUUCCAAGGAAGAAAAGGAGGCACAAGAAAGGGCUGAUAAUGACAUGUCAUCCAUGACAGAGCUGCAAAAACAUCAGCAACACGUUCUAGAAGAGUCCGGCUGGGGCAGACACACAGAAUUUAUUGCAACAUACCUGCCUUCCUGGUCUGUGUUUGGUGUAGAGGCCAAACCAGAAGAAGAGGCAACGACAACCAACAACAACACGGGUUCCAUGGCAUAAAGGAAAGAGGGUGGCUCUGGAAGUAACGAAUAGAAUAAUUGAUUGUAUCUUGUUCUGAUUCAAAAAGCAACAACAACAACAUCUGAUCAACAUCCCAACGAGGAUCUUUGUCUUGUGGUUGAGCUAGCAUGUAGUGUAAAAAGGUUUAUGGUAGCUAGCUCUUAUAUUGACACUUCCUACUUGUAUGAUUCUGUACGGUAGCGGCGGCAGAAAUGGGUGGAGACAACCGGUCAGCAUUUGGGGAACCUCCAGAGUCGCAUCGAGACUGUCAACGGCUAGCGAGAACCCCAAAACACGGUCUGGAGCAUGUCUUUACAUCUGAUAUAAAGAAGAUCUUAGUAGUUAGCCAAGUCUUUUGC